GGGUGGGCUGCUUGUCCCCCGGGCCCCUGCGGCCUGGGCUGCGGCUAGCGCGGCACCUCCGGGGCGGCUGGGCCGCCAGGAUCCCCCGGCCUCGGCCGGCGCCUGCCGUCCUGUGGCGUCCAUGACGCCGCGGCGUGUUGAGUGACACUUACCGAGAGCCGGAGCGGCGGGUACGAGCUGUCCCUCCCGCCCUCCGCCCACAUUCCCUAGCUUCCGCUCCUGUGGCCCUUCCUUUCUCCUCUGUCCCUCCUUUGGUUCAGCCCGUGUGGGUCUUCCACCCCACCCUAGCCGCCGCUGCUGUGCGUUUCCCUGCAGAACUGCUCGUGGGCUGCAGUUUGGGGGCACCAGACUCUGCCUGACUCCGAGCUCUGAGCGUCGACCUGCUGGCUAGGGACGGAUUCCUAGAGAUCAGGGUGGGCUCCUUGCAGCCUCCUGCCUGUUUGCAGGGUUCGUGGCUGAGAAGACCACUGAUGACUUCUCUCUUCAGCCUGUUCUCCACCUCUUGGUACUAAGAAAACUAUCAGGAACCCAUUUAUUCUUCUCUGUUCUUUUGACACAAUGUUUGCCAGAGGGCUGAAGAGGAAAUACGGUGACCAGGAGGAAGGAGUAGAGGGUUUUGGCACUGUCCCUUCCUAUUGCCUGCAGCGGCAGUCACUCCUGGACAUGUCCCUGGUCAAACUCCAGCUCUGCCACAUGUUAGUGGAGCCCAACCUCUGCCGCUCGGUCCUCAUCGCCAACACGGUCCGGCAGAUCCAAGAGGAAAUGAGUCGGGAUGGUGUGUGGCAUGGGAUGGCACCCCAGAAUGUUGAACAGCGGGCACCAAUUGACCGCCUGGUCUCCACAGAGAUCCUGUGUCGUACAGCCAGGGGAACUGACGGGGAGCACCCCACUCCUGAACUGGAAGAUGAUCCCCUGCAAAGCUCAGCUUCUGAGCUUCCCAUAGUCAGCUCAGCACAGGGACAGAGAAACCCUCAGAGCAGCCUCUGGGAGAUGGACAACCCACAAGAAAACCGGGGAAGCUUUCAGAAGUCACUGGACCAGAUAUUUGAGACCCUGGAGAACAAAAGCCCCAGCUCAGUGGAGGAACUCUUCUCAGACGUGGACAGCUCCUACUAUGACCUAGACACGGUGCUAACAGGAAUGAUGAAUGGGACCAAACCCAGUCUCUGCAAUGGCCUCGAGAGCUUUGCUGCAGCUCCCCCACCUCCCAGCUCCACUUGCAAGUCAGAUCUGGCUGAGCUGGACCAUGUAGUAGAGAUUCUGGUGGAGACCUGAGAGAAGGCCCCUAGUGGGCCUAUUCUGUGCUGUGAUCCAGAGACAGACAAGCACUUGUCCCAAAGGGGGCCCUGCCUUUCUGACUAUGAAAAUACCCUGGGACAGAUUUUCUCUGCGAGGCUGCAUGCAGCCCUGAAGACAGAGCAAGCCAUUGCCAGAAACUGAGCUCUUUGAAGACUUUUGGGCCCUGGGAUCACUGUGGAGGAUGGUGUGCCACAGUUGUGUCUAAUGUGUUUUAAAUUAGGUAGACAAACUUUCUAAAAUUUAAGUUUUAUAUGUUUUGGGCAAUAUUUUGUCUUAAGAUAUAUUUUUUAAACUUUUUAUACUUUAGAUUUUUUUCAGCUAUUUUCUUAAAAGUAUAUUUUUUCUACAAACAUCCUCUGCUGCUACAUUAGAAGCAUAACCUAAAUAAUUACAAUUGGUGUGUGUCAUUUUUAAGGUUUAAAUAGAAAAUAUUUUGGUAAUGAGUCUCUACACUCCCAAGGCAACAGUGUAAAUGUAGCCGGCCAGGUGUUUACAUGAGAGGCCCAAUCAUGGUCUGCAUUCUAGCAGAGUGUCUGAAAUGAGAACCAUGCACAGCUCCACUGCGGCCUCACUGGGUCUGCUCUGCAGGUGGUGUCUUCCUGUCAACAGCAGGGUGCUUUUAUUUAUGCCUAUUUAUAUGUAAAUGCCACUGAAGGCUAAGGUAAGAUGUCUAGAAAUUACAUGUCAGUUCUGUCUCGGGCAGUGCCUUAUGCAGGUCUUGUCCUUGGCCAUUACUGCCUGGCUCCCAGGCACUAAUGUGUGACAGAAGGGCAUGACCUCCUCACACCUCAUGUUCCAUGUCAAGUGUGUACAUGGACGCUGCUGAGUACCAGGCAUGCGUGUGCUUGGGAAGGGUGUGUCCUCACCCAUGUCCUCAGUAGGGAACACCCAUGCAUGCUUGCUUGCUUUUAAAAUGGUGCUCAAACAUUUUAAGGUUCAAAACAAUCUGACUCCAUCUAAUUUUAGGGCCCCUUAAUCCUGGGGUGGCCCCUAAGCUGUCUGCUUGGAUCUCAAGGUUCUGCUACCUGAUCACAUGUCAGACUCUUCCUCCCUCCAUGCAUGUUUUUUCUGUCUUUUAUGUGCUUUUUUGGUCUUCCCCACCUGAGCCUAAGAGGUUUUAUUUUUUUCCUGUGUUUGUAUGACUAUUCUUUAAUAUCAUCAAUGUAAACCUCACUUUAUUAAAAAUAUCCAGCAAA